AUGAGUCGAACAACAUUUCUGAAUGUUGAUGAUUCCAAAGCUGGUAUGGAAGAUUUGGAUAAAGAAAAAAUUAAUAAAUUAAUUCAAGAAGCAUCAAAAAAUUCAAAAUUUUUUAAACAACAACAACGUCGUGAAGAAGAUAAUCGUCGACGAAUUGAAGUUAAAUUAUCCAAAAUAAAAUCAUUUACACCGUUUCAAAUUGAACAAGCAGAAAAAUCAGCUGAUAGAUAUUUAAGUCAAUUAGAUAAAACUCGAGAUUUAUCUCGAAUAUUUUGUCAUAUUGAUAUGGAUGCUUUUUAUGCAUCAGUUGAGAUGCGAGAGAAUCCAGCACUUCAACAUGUUCCCAUGGCAGUAGGUGGUGAGGGCAUGUUGUCAACAUCCAAUUAUUUAGCUCGUCAAUUUGGUGUUCGUGCGGCCAUGCCUGGUUUUAUUGGACGACAACUUUGUCCGAAUCUAGUUAUUGUACCUUGUGAUUUCAAGAAAUAUCGAAUCGAUAGUUCAAAAGUCAUGAAAAUUAUUAGUGAAUAUGAUGAUAAUUAUGGUUCAUGCGGUCUUGAUGAAGCAUUUGCUGAUUUAACAAAUCAUUUACAAAUACGAGCAGUAUCAUCAGAACAACAGCGAACAUUUCCUAAAGAAGAUAAUUCAACUGAUACAAUAACAUUUGGUAUUACAGCUGAAGAAACUGUUCAAGAAAUUCGACAUCGAAUUUAUUUAUCAACACGAUUAACAGCUAGUGCUGGUAUUGCAUGUAAUAUGCGUUUAGCAAAAUUAUGUUCCGAUAUUAAUAAACCUAAUGGACAAUAUCAAUUAGAAUCAAAUGUAAAUGUUAUUUUAAAUUUUAUUCGAAAUUUACCAAUACGAAAAAUAAAAGGUAUUGGAAAAGUAACUGCACUUCAUUUAGAAUCACUUCAAAUUGAGACUGUUAAUGAUAUUUAUUUAAAACGUGGUAUUCUUAAAUUAAUUGAAUAUUCAACAACAUUUGAUUUUCUUAUGCGUGUUUGUAAUGGUUAUGGUUCAACUACUAUUGAACAUGAUGAUAUACAAAAAAGUAUUGGACAUGAAACAACAUUUACAAGUACAAAUGAUUCAUCACAAUUAAUAUCAAUUUGUCAAGAUUUAGCAAAGGAAACUGUUGAUGAACUUAUAUCUGAUCGAAUUCUAUGUAAACGUGUUACAUUAAAAAUUAAAACAGUUAAUUUUGAAAUUUUAACACGUUCAAAAACACUUUCUUCGUAUACAGAUUCAUUGAAUAUAAUUACUGAUACAGCUGUAGCUUUACUUAAAAAUGAACUUGAUCAAGAUCUUGAAUUACCAGCAUUACGAUUAAUGGGUGUUCGAGUAGCUGAUUUAAAAAUGAAAAGUUCCGAUUUGCCAAUACUUCAAUUUUUUUCUAAACAAUCUACAACAAGUAAUACUACCGGUGAAAAUGCUCAUGAUAUUGUCGAAGAUAUCGAUGAUGAAGAUGAUAGUGAAGGAUUAUCACUAGAUGAUAAUCAACAUACUGAUGAUUGUAAUUUACAAUUAAUUCAUAAUAAUAAUAAUGAUGAUGAUGAUGAAGAUUCAACUUCAAGUACAACAUUAUGUCCUGUAUGUCAAAAAAUGCUUUUAGGUGAUAAUGAUAAGAUCAAUAAACAUAUUGAUCUAUGUUUAAAUGGUGAAAUGAUUCGAACAACAAUUAAAGAAGAAGAUCAACGAACAUCACCUCAAACAGCUCAUAUUAAACGUAAUCAAUCUACACAAGCGAAAUCAACACCACCAGCUAAACGACAACGAAAAAAAUUAACUAUAACACCUCCACGAACAAAUGGUAUUGAUAAUUAUUUUUUUAAACAAUAA